CGGGACGUGGUGGCGGCGGUGGAGGAGGAGGAGGAAGAGGAAGGUUGUCUGUGUGGCCAGAAGUCGCCGUGGCCCCAGUGGUGGUGGGCUCCGGGUGGGCUCGUCUCAUCCUGCUCCGUCUGCGAUGCAUCCACGGCGCCCGGACGGCUUCGAUGGCUUGGGCUAUCGCGGGGGUACCCGAGAUGAGCAGGGUUUUGGCGGCGCUUUCCCUGCAAGGUCUUUCAGCUCCGCGUCGGACCUGGGCCACUGGGUGACCACUCCCCCAGACAUUCCGGGUAGCCGUAACCUGCACUGGGGAGAGAAGAGUCCGCCCUACGGAGUGCCCGCCCCCACUACCCCCGAGGGCCCGGAGGAGGAACCCUUUCCUGGAGGCGGCGGCGGCGGCGGCAGCGUGCCGGUGCAAAGCAGCGAACAGUUGAGUAGAUUUGCUGGAUUUGGUAUUGGACUUGCAAGUCUCUUCACAGAAAAUGUACUGGCUCAUCCUUGCAUUGUUCUACGCCGCCAGUGUCAGGUUAACUAUCAUGCUCGGCAUUACCAUCUCACUCCAUUUACAGUCAUCAAUAUUAUGUACAGCUUCAACAAAACUCAGGGACCAAGGGCCCUUUGGAAAGGAAUGGGAAGUACAUUUAUUGUCCAGGGAAUCACACUUGGAGCAGAGGGAAUAAUCAGUGAAUUCACACCUUUACCAAGGGAGGUUUCACAUAAAUGGAAUCCUAAACAAAUAGGAGAACAUCUUCUACUGAAAUCCUUAACUUACAUGGUGGCAAUGCCUUUUUACUCAGCAAGCCUAAUCGAAACAGUACAGAGUGAGAUAAUUCGAGAUAAUGCUGGAAUUUUGGAAUGUGUUAAAGAAGGCAUUGGAAGAGUGAUAGGCAUGGGAGUGCCUCAUAGCAAACGACUGCUUCCUCUUCUCUCCUUGAUCUUCCCUACUGUGCUGCAUGGGGUUCUGCAUUACAUCAUCAGCUCAAUCAUUCAGAAGUUUGUCCUACUAAUUCUAAAGAGAAAGACUUAUAAUAGCCACCCCGCUGAAAGCACUAGCCCAGUGCAGAGUAUGUUGGAUGCUUAUUUUCCAGAACUUAUUGCUAACUUUGCUGCCAGUCUUUGCUCUGAUGUUAUACUUUACCCCUUGGAAACAGUGUUGCACCGCCUUCACAUUCAAGGAACACGCACAAUAAUCGACAAUACCGACCUUGGCUAUGAAGUGCUUCCAAUUAAUACGCAGUAUGAGGGGAUGAGAGACUGUGUCAAUACCAUAAAGCAGGAGGAAGGAGUUCUUGGCUUUUAUAAAGGGUUUGGUGCUGUGAUUGUACAGUACACACUGCAUGCAGCUGUUUUACAGAUUACCAAAAUUAUUUACUCUACACUUCUUCAGAAUAGCAUUUGAGGUUUAAGUUCCCGGUUAGCCUAAAAGACAUAAUCUGGACAGUUUGUUAUGAAAUUGUGAGGGAUAAAAGUGAACACUUGGGGGAAAUGGAUUAGAAAGUGAAACUGGUAGAGGAAGCCCACGCUGAUUACAGCAACUUUUUUUUUUUAAGGCAUAGGUAUCAUCUUUGGAUCAAAAGUAUUCCAAAUUCAAAAACUCAGUAAAAAUAACACUCAUGAAUUAAAUUCUAGCUAGUGCAGCAUGCAUACUGAACUAAAAAUAAUCUUGGGCAGAAGCAAAAAGUCAGCAAGCAAAAAAUUCACAGUGCUUAAUUAUUCCAUCUGACUUUAAUAUUUCUUACAUGUUUAUUUUACCUUCUUGAUUGAUACUGCUAUGUCAUCCUUAAUACAGGGUGUAGUGUGGAGAGGUCAUAGUUUACCUUUAAGCAAAUAAAUCAUGUCACCUGUGAUGAUGAUGAAAAGGAUUAGAUUUGUCAAUCUGUAAUCAGGAGUUGGAGUUUUAAAUUGUAUUGCCCCUUCAUAACCUUUUAAUGGCUGCAUAUUUAUUAUAUAAAGCCCUUUAUGUGCACACAAAAACUUGGAAUUUCCUUCAACAGAUUUUUUACUCUUAGAUCAGCUUAUUGCAUAAAACAAAGUCACACACUUUCUGCUUGAAUAUCAUAAUAAAAUAUUACAAGCCAGGGUACCCAAAGACUAAAGACAGACAGUGCACUUGUGCGCAUCCAGAUGCAGCGUUUACAUGCCCCAGAAGCUUAAUAUUCGUCAUGUGUUUAUAAAGCUUGAUUUGCUUACCUAAUUAUGUGAAUCAUCAGGCUGUUUUUUAGAGCUGCUCUUAACAGAGAUAGAAAAUAAAAUAAUCAUGACAAACAUUGCUGUUUCUAAAUUUACAGAUUGUAUAAUAAAAGGAACGUCACUUGCUUGCAUUUCUGAAUGACUUGUCUUAGUGGAGACACCAUCAAAAUUCACCUGGGAAUUUGUGCCUCUGGCUUUCUGUGAGGUCAUCAUAAAACAAUAUUUCAGCUUUUAUUUUCUUCCAGUUUUUGUUUAUAAUUUCAUACCCCAAACUAGAUAUGCGCAAAGGGAAAGGCAGGUUUGUUCUUACUGUCUUGUUUUUAAACUUGCGUGGAUGAAUACUGAAGAUAAAUACGGACUUUAGAGGAAGUUUGUCCUUUUUAUGGAUGAGGAAAAGAGAGAAAUUUCAACAAAUAAUCAAAAAAAUUGUUAACCCAUUUAAUAAAAAAUUCUGUAUGUUCCUAAUGGGUGAAGCUCUUUGUAUAGUAGUAAAAUGAUAUGCGUUUGACUGAUUCAUCAUUAAACAUUUUGAAGUUUCAUUUCCUCA